CACGGCAGCGCCGGGAUAACGUGAUUAGCGCUCUAUUAAGUCCGCUGCCGAGCACAACUAGAUGCAGCACAGAGAUCAUUGUGAGGAGAGAAAAAGAAGACGCAGAGGAAACGCUUCAUCCGCCACAUGGAUCAUCUCUGCGUCCUGUCGAUUUGCCUGAAGAAGUUACGAGCUUACAGUUUUUUAGAGUCCGUGCGUCUCCGGCACCGGAGAGGUUGUGUCAGCUCUCCUUGUUUCAGAUGAAUUGACUGCCUUGCAAAUAAGAAGGGCUUGUUUUGGAGGAGGCAGCUCAAGAUGGAAAGGAAUAAUCUGGGAAAACCUUAGAGGAGUGGUUGCGUCUCUUCUCAGCCCUGCUUUGAGCUACCAGUUCCGUCCUUUCUGGUGGAUAUUUGUUAACCUGAAGUGAACUCACAAAGGAAGUAGAACACUCUGCUCCAAUGGAGUCUGACAACCACACCAACCAGACUUUGUCAAGUGUGGCCCCGUACAGCGUCCAGAUUGCCCUGCCGAUCACUGUGCUGGUGGGGAUGAUGAUUCUGCUGAUAGUUUUUGGUAAUGUGCUGGUGGUCAUAGCUGUUUUUACAAGCCGGGCCCUUCGGGCUCCACAGAACUUAUUCCUGGUGUCUCUGGCAUCAGCUGACAUUUUAGUGGCCACCCUUGUGAUGCCCUUCUCCUUGGCCAAUGAACUCAUGGGAUACUGGUACUUUGGUGAGGUGUGGUGUGAGAUCUAUCUCGCCCUUGAUGUUCUUUUCUGCACUGCCUCCAUCGCCCACCUCUGUGCUAUCAGCUUGGACCGCUACUGGUCCAUCACACAGGCCAUUGAGUACAACCUGAAGAGAACACCACGCCGCAUCAAGUGCAUUAUCUUCAUUGUGUGGGUCCUUUCUGCAGUUAUCUCCUUCCCGCCUCUGAUCACCAUGGAGAAAGAGAACAGUGAAGAAAUCCCUGUAUGUAAGAUCAACAAUGAUAAAUGGUAUGUCAUCUCCUCCUGCAUUGGCUCCUUCUUCCUCCCUUGCAUCAUCAUGGUACUGGUCUAUGUACGGAUCUACCAAAUUGCCAAAAAGAGGACACGUGCACCACCUGGAGACCGGAAGAGUAAAGAACUGUCCAAACCAGCCGCCAUUGGGGGUGCCGACCUGAAGGAGAAUGGUGUGGGUGAUGCGGAGGAUCGCCUCUGCCAUGAGAAGAUUAACGGCGAACAGGACCUCGAGCUGAAGGAAGGAGUGAGAGAGGAAGAGGGAGCAGAUGAGGGGAAAGGUGAGGUCAAUGGGGUGGAUGCCGAGGAGUCGUCCUCAUCAGAUCACAAAGUGACCAAUCCAUGUUCCAUUAAAAAGAAAGCAUCCAAGGGGAAAACUAGACUGAGUCAAAUAAAACCGGGGGACACAGACGUUCCAAAGCGGGUGCAGAGCAGCAGCAAGGGCAGCCGCUGGAAGGGCCGGCAGAACCGAGAGAAACGCUUCACCUUCGUCCUGGCUGUAGUCAUUGGAGUGUUUGUCAUUUGCUGGUUACCCUUCUUCUUUACAUACAUGCUGAUGACAUUGUGUGAGUCCUGUCCUGUGCCUAUGACCCUGUUCAAGUUCUUCUUCUGGUUUGGCUAUUGCAACAGUGCACUGAACCCCAUCAUUUACACCAUCUUCAACAACGACUUUAGGAGAUCGUUCAAAAAGAUACUAUGCAGGAGGGACGCUAGAAGAUACUUGUAACUCCAUUUACAUUCUUUCUUUCUGUCUACUGUAAAGUGUACAUACAUUGUAAUGCAUAUUUCCCAUUGUGCAUGGACCAGCAGUUGGUGAGCGCUCUCGCUGAACCUGGAGGAGCUUUAAGAGCAGCGGUGGCGCCUCGUCCAGUUAAGCAGAUGAGGAGCCUUAAAAAACAAAACAAAACAACUGGCUGUUACAUUUGUUGUUGCUGAAUAUUGUUCAGAUACACCUACAAUAAGUUGUACAAACAGUGGUGGUCACCAGCCAAAUGUAAAAUUAUUUAAAGCUCUAAGUCAAGUUUCUUCUGCUUCAUGGCUCAGUGGAUUUCUGUCGAAGUGAGCUGUUUUUGUGAUUGGUCAUAAAUAUUUGUAGGUUCCCAGUGUUCCAAGGUUAUAGUGGAUUAUUUAUCGCAUUCAAAUGAGACAGGAUCUUUGCAUCAUCAUGUUCUCUGGCCUUUAAAGGAUACUUUUUUCUUUUUCUUUUUUCCUCAAUUGCUGAGGGACAUGGCGUACAGUCCAUAGACUGUAAAUGGUCUAUGAGGGUGUCAGGGAGCAGGCAGUGAAAGUGAUCAACGGAGUCGGUCAGAUCAGUGCCGUGAUUUUAACCAUUAUUUUAUCGUUGGUGGAAGAAGCAUUUAGAGUUUUUACUGAAGAAAAAUGACCAAAACAACACCAUCACUAUUUUUGCAAUGAAGGUCCUCUCAUUCCUUUUAUGCUCAUGCAUGUAUCUAUACAUACAUUAUAUUACUUGUUACCGAGGACUGGUGACAUGUUCAGGGUGUUCCUUACCUCUUGUCUUCAUGUUAUUAUGAACUAUGAAUAUCGACUCUAUUGGAAUGAAUUGGAGCGUAAUAGAUUUGGUAUAUAAUUGCAGUGAAUUAUCCUUGAUUUAUACUGCAGUGAAUCUGAGUCUUCUGUCCAAAGUACAAAUACAAGUAAAUUGACAUUCACAAGUAAAUUGUCUGAGGACAGAUGGAAUAGACUCGUAACAUCCCCCAGACCCCGCCAGUGUACCUGGACAGGAAGAAACAGGUGCAGAAAAACUAUGAAUGGAUGUUGGAACUGAUUGCCACUCAUUUUUUGAUUCUUUUCUCAGUUAAUAGUCAUGAAAUAGUCUCCCAGCUCAGAAAGACCCCUAUGAUAAUGGUUGCUUUGUCCAAACCUGUAAAUGGAAAGAAUAAUGACAGAAAAAGCAGUAAAAACACAAGAAAUAGAAAUGUCAGGUGAAAAAGCAUAUCAGUGAUUAUUAAGUAAAUUUUUUGUUAAAAAAAAGUAUAACACUUCAGUUUCACUUCUAUAUAAAACGUAGUCUUUAACAAAGCAUUGGAAUUUUAUAAGCUUCAUACAUUUUGUAACUAAACAUAUGUUAAUUGAAUAUGGAGCACAGGUCCUUCAGUGAUGGACCUAAGUUAGGGAUUUAUAUCAAAAUAAUUAGUUACGUACUGUUCUUGCAAUCUGUAAAUUUGUUUCCCCCAGAAUUUGCCAUAAAUAUCAAUAUAUGGGCUUAUUUAAAAAAAGAAAAAGUAAAAAAUAUCCAUGAGCUUGUUCCUGGACAUUUCAAGCUUAUUCAGGGUCACAGUUUAAAGGUUGGUAGUCUGCUUCCACCGCCAGCCGCCACUGAUGUGCAACAUCUUCUUUUUAAAGAACACACACGCCGCAGCUUCGACGCUGACCUAAGUCAUGCAGAAGAAUCACAGCCAGAACAUGUUUUUAUUGUAAAUGCAGUUUUUAAUUUGUAUUUUUUAUUUUUUAUAAAAUAAGUUAACAAAGAUAAGUCCAUGAUAUGUAUUGAAUUUGUAUGUUGUGCAAAAUGACCUGUCUAUUUGUCUAUUUGAAUUGUUAUGGAUAGUAUUGUGCCGUUUUGUAUGAUAUGAAGACAAUGAUGCCUAAGAAGAUGACGGUGAUGAUGACUUGUGGUAAAAAUGCAGACUCUUUAAUGAAUAAAGUGAGCACAUUUUCUGAACGAGCCACAAUGAUCCAUGUGAACCACCAGAUCAUUGAUGUCAUCUCAUUACAGAUGUUUGCUUCUUGACAGCACACAUUCACACACACCAGCAGGCUUUAG